AAAACAAAGUGAGAUUAAUCCACUGUGGUGCAUGGAGUCAAAAGUCAGAGUUUCCAGGGUCACGAAUUGUGUUUCCAUUUCCACCUUAAACACCCUGUGUCUCCCCGCUUCUUUAUUGUCUGGUGAGAUUGAAGUGCUGCCAACAACUGUCAACAGAGUUGGAAACGCUGCGUGAGCCACAAAAACCAGGGAGAUGACAAGAGGGACUACAGCAGACACCUUGACAACAAAGGGACAGAAAGCAGGAACGUAAAUACAACUGAUUUGAAAGGAACUACAUGGAAAACAGACUAGCAACCUGUCAAGGGUGUACCCCGCCUCACGCCCGCUGGAGAAAGGUAGCAGUCCCCACGACCCUGUGACAAUGAGCAGAUUCAGAGACAGCUGCAUCUGAAGCCUGUUCCAACCCUGAAACUUACCUGUCUGCCGGAUAGCUGCAGUCAGCAGACUAUUUUAAAGCUAUAAGGCCUGGGGAAAGUUAAUGAAAAUAUUCGAUCAGCUGACACCCCCACCUCGCUCCUCCACAUCCCUUUGUUCCAACUAUUAUCUUCCUCCAACGUCAGUGUUGACUCGUGCACUUAUCUGGUGAGCGGACAUUUGUUGAAGAGUGAACAUUCUAAGAAGGGGAUCCUCGAAACAAGGGUUUGGCGUCUGACAGCCCACCAACCGAGACACGUUUGUCCUUCACGCAACAGGAGAGAUUGUUACCUUGGAGAAGUAGGAGGGGCACAGAUUGUUGGAUCGUAGGACGUGACAAAACUGUGGGUCAGGGGAAUCGGCUGUUUAUCAUGCGUUUCUGGUGAGGCCUCAUCUUCUGCCAUAAUGAGGCUGACGUCGGGAUCGCCUCAACCCAUUCUGCCAGCCUUUCUGGCUCUCUUCUUAGCCGCCUUUUUACCUCAGCUGUCAUCAGGAGCGGCGCCAUUUCCGCAAGACCUGGAACCAAUCAGCAUCGUGGGCAGAGAAACCACGUACCUCUACCCUAGCUUCCAGGGGCUCAUGUCAGACAACGACACUAUCCGCCUGGGCUUGGACUUCCAGAGGAUGCUCAGGAUCAACCACAUGCUUUACAUCGCAGCUCGGGACCAUGUUUUUGCAAUCAAUCUCGACACCUCGUCUGAGCAGAUAAUACCACAGCAGAAACUGACUUGGAAGACAAAGGAUGUGGCGAAGUGCACUGUGAGAGGGAAGAACAGCGAUGAAUGUUACAAUUACAUUAAAGUUCUGGUACCACGCAAUGAUGAGACUCUCUUUGCCUGUGGCACUAAUGCCUUCAAUCCCACCUGCCGUAACUAUAAGAUGUCGACGCUGGAGCAGGAAGGCGAGGAGGUGGUGGGGCAGGCGCGAUGUCCAUUUGAGUCCCGCCAGUCUAAUGUGGGCCUUUUUGCAGGUGGUGACUUCUACUCAGCAACAAUGACGGACUUCUUGGCCAGCGAUGCAGUCAUUUAUAGAAGUCUGGGAGAAAGUAGUCCUGUUCUGCGUACAGUCAAGUAUGACUCCAAGUGGCUCAGAGAACCCCAUUUUCUCCACGCUAUUGAGUAUGGGAAUUACGUGUACUUUUUCUUCAGCGAGAUUGCAGUGGAGUACACCACCCUCGGCAAGGUCGUUUUCUCCAGGGUUGCACGAGUGUGUAAGAAUGACAACGGGGGUUCACCGAGGGUCCUAGAACGUUACUGGACAUCUUUCCUGAAAGCCCGGCUAAACUGCUCCGUACCCGGUGAUUCUUUCUUUUACUUUGAUGUUCUGCAGUCGCUGACCAAUGUCCUCCAGAUAAACCACCGGCCUACUGUCCUUGGAGUUUUUACCACACAAGCAAACAGCAUCACUGGCUCUGCGGUCUGCGGUUUUUACAUGGACGAUAUAGAGAAGGCCUUUAAUGGAAAAUUCAAGGAGCAGAGAAACAGUGAGUCAGCAUGGACACCUGUUCUAGAAGAGCAAGUUCCAAAGCCGAGGCCAGGCAGCUGUGCAGGUGAAGGCUCUGCAGUCACUUAUAAGUCCUCCACCACCUUCCCAGACGAGACCCUGACUUUCAUCAAGUCGUAUCCGCUUAUGGACGAGUCUGUCCCCUCAGUCAACGAUAGACCGUUCUUCACCCGCACCACCAGCAGGUUUAAGUUGACCCAGAUAGCAGUGGAUACAUCAGCUGGGCCCUAUAAGAAUUACACAGUGGUGUUCCUGGGCUCAGAUAAUGGUCAUGUCCUCAAGAUCCUGGCCAGCUCAGAGGGAGCCAAUGCUUCGUUCAACACCCAACUCCUCGAAGACAUCAAUGUGUACAACCCAAACAAGUGCAAUGUCCAGGGGGAGGACAGGAGGGUUCUAGGUCUAGAGUUGGACCGGGAUCAUCACGCUCUGUUUGUGGCGUUUUCCAGCUGUGUGAUCCGUGUCCCGCUCAGCCGCUGCUCCGAGUACACAAACUGCAAGAAAAGCUGUUUGUCGUCACAGGACCCUUACUGCAUUUGGCUCAAGUCAGGCAGCUGUGUCACAGUCUCACCUGGACUCAAGGGCGGGUUUGAACAGGACGUGGAGAACGGCUACCAUCAGCAACCUGAUACCUGUCACGAUGUCUUGGCGACCACACGCAAGCACAACCCAGCACUAGAUUCAGCUUAUGGGAAGACCACACCCACAAGCGCCAGCACCACCCAUCAUGGGGCGGCAUUUCCAAAGGAGGCAGGUGACUCUGAAAGAGGUACAGGUCCUGAUCGCCUUCCCCCUGUGGGGGAACAAGGCUCACCUGACUCAGAGCCAAUCAGUGUGGAGAUGGAGGGUGUGAGACGACCCCCAGAGCUGGACAGAACCAAUCACAGCGUCCAUUACACCCUUCUGAUUGCAUGUGUUUUGGUGGCCUUUGUCCUUGGAGCCUUUGUCUCUGGGUUCCUAGUCUCGUGCUACUGUAACCAUACAGGUCACAAGACAAAAAAGUUAUCAAAAGAUCCAGAAGCCCAGAUUCCACAUGCUCUGUCUCUCCGGAGUCUGGCAAAGCUCAACGGUCUCCUGGAUAGCCAGAGUAAAGAAGACAAGAUGGAGGUGUCAUCUCCAAAGAUCUACAACUCUUUAUUUACCAAUGGUAAGGAGCAUCACCCAACAAGGAGAUUUGGCCAUCAUGGAAUGACAAUGGGAGACCUGGUUCAUCCUCAUCAUCAUCACCUCCAUCCUUCCUCAGAACUAUCGGGCUUACCUACACCAGACUCAACUCCAGAACUGCCCAUAAAGAGCAUGAAAGCCUUUAAAAACCAGUGGGAAAAAAAUCAGAACUGCAACAAUGCUAAGGAACCGAAGUCUCAUAACAUCAGCUCCAGGCCGAGUUCGGCCCUGCUUCCCCAGCAGGUCUUCCCCUACUCCCAUGGCCUGUCCAACGGACAGCCAAUAGUUGGUCACCUGCAUCCAGAGGAACGCAAAAUCCACAAUGUUGAGCGUGUUUUAGCUCAGCCUUACCCCAGCUACCCGCAGAAGGUGAUGGAAGUUACAUCGCUGGAUGAGCUCCUAAAACACAUCCACGAUCCAAACGGCAGCAAGACAUCACAGUUAAUGAGCCCAUCAGGUCUGAUGGCUGCCGGAGGCGUAGGACAGCUUGUCUUUGCCAACCGAAUUCAACCUCAGAUUCCUGAGACAGAAUCCGCCCCCUACUACAGCUCAUCAACUCUACCCCGGGACAGUCUCACCCGUCGCAUGGAUGUUCCUCCCGACAUCCCCUCACACCAUCAGUCCACCUUGGAGAGAAGGCAUUCUUCCCAACGGCACUCGCUGAUUUCUGCAGCUACCAAAAUGCCCAGUGCAGGUGCAGUAGGCGGGGGAGGAAUGAUUCCCCGUCAGCACAGCUUUAGCCAACGAAGUGUUGGACCUCACCAGCCGCCGCCACUUUUGGCACGAAUGAACUCUACAGGCAGCGCCUGCGAGGUUCACUAUCCUCUAAUCCCAAAUGGGUACCUUGCACGUCAGCAUAGCUAUACUGGUGAACAGCACGAAGUCCAGCACCGAGGCGCAAUCGUCCGCCGGUCAUCCUCUCUUAAACCGGAUGUCCCUCCGAAGCCCCUGUUCAUACCUGCCACAUCCCCAGUUAACGAACAGGGCAAGUACAACUACUGAGAAGGAAACCUCCUGGACUAAAGGACGUUUCACUCUCUGUAUCAUCUGUGAGGAACUUCCUUUUGUGGAAAUACUCUGGCUUUGAGGUUGCAGACCCUGACCAAACAAUACAACAAAUUGUGUGGUAGCAAGUCUCACUGUGGACAAAAGCCUCAACCAAACUUAUUUCUGCUUUUUUUGUUUUGUUAUGUCCAACAAAUAUAUUUGUACCAUAUUGGUAUUGUUCAGCUUCUUGCUUAUUACAGAACUGCCGACCUAGGUGACAUGAUGCCACCUCGUUAUAUUAGGCUGCCAAUGUCCUCAAUGUGGAUUUGUAAUGCAACUCAGCCUUUGGACAAGUUGAUGUUGGACAAACUUUGACACAUCACUUUGACACAUCUUCAAGACUUAAAAGCCGGAGGCUCCUGCAACGCUUCAGUUCAUGCUUUUGCUUAACCUUUUUUGAUGUAGUGUUUGUAUCCAGUCCCCUUCCACCCCAUCCUCGAAUGUGUUUAUAUUAUGCAUGUGUGUGUAUAUACAGUAUAUGUGUGUUUAUAUCCACACUGUAUAUGUAUACAUAUACAUAUGCAGUAUUUGUAAUCUGUGGUGAAAAUUCAGCAAAUUUCCCUGAAAGUAUGUUUGUCUCUGCCUUACUUGUACGCUCUCAUGUUUGGGCAUACCAAACCUUCUCGCCUAUAAAUAAAUUUAAAACACCAAACCAUCCAGAAACAAGUUGGCUAAAGAUACCUUGUCCGUGUUGAUACAAAGAAAAUGCAUCUACGAAGCAGCUUCCCCUGACUAACUUUCUUUUCUCGGCUGAUGUCAUGUCAAAGGCGACAAAUUUGGGUCCAUUAACAUUACUAAGAAUGUUUCUUUAAGAUUGGUGCUUCAAAAAAAAGGUUCUAACCUCCUCUAAAAUGAAUAUAAACAAGACUAUAUACUUCUGGACCUAGAGGACAUGACAAACAUGAAACAGAAUGUAACAAGAAUGAACAACACAGAAUGGACUCAAGUUAUUCUAGGUAUUACCUUGUGGCUAUUGGUUGUAAAUAAAGAAAUAAUUACUAGCCAAAUUUUAACUGUAUGUGUAAAUGUGUGCCUUAUUUAAUAAUAGUGUGUUAACUGGGAUUAGGGAAGGUCUAACGCAAGGAGCUCAAAUGACUACUAUGCUACAGUAUAUUGUAGGUGUUUGAUUUUCUACAGUUGUCACUAUUGUUUAUCUGAAGAGUUUCAUUCCAGAGUGAAAGAUCCAGAAUAUAUUCUUGUCAGCUAACCGGUAAAAUAUAAAAGUAUCGAUAAAAUUUAAGAAAUUGUGUUUAAUGUUUUGUGUAUCUGGAGUAAUAUUUUUCUUUACUAAGACAUAUUUUGAAAAUUUUCCAUUUUUAAUUUUACAAUAUAUAGAGAAAAGACAAUAUUUUUGCAGACUGAUUCAGCAUUUUGGAAUGAAACAGCUUCAUUUGUUUUUCUGAUUUUCCCCCUAAAAAUUGUUAGCCUGGAGGUUUAUUUUUGAAGAGUGUUGGGCAAAGAUGGCGCACUGUCUAAGACAAUGUAUUGGGCCAUCUUCCCUGUAAGUGCCAUUGCUUCAAGUGUUUUUUGUGAGUUUUUUCUUGAGUUUAAAAAAGGUAAAGUCCACAGUUCCUCAUACAAUUAAACCAAAAAUAUUAAUUUCUGUGGCAGAUUUAUGUUUAAAGUAAUCUUUUAAUUUCCCUGACAUGUUUCUUGAAGGUAAUAAAAAUGUUUAGGAGUGGCACAGGCAGAAACUCUGGUCACGAAUCUGUGGAGGGAACUAAAGAUUAUGGUGAUCACUAAACACACUAAACACAAAUUGUCAAAAUACCAGAGGAAUCCGCCAAAAAGCUAGUCAACAAUUACAAGAAUAGUUUGACUGCUGUCAAUGAGGAUUUUUCUCCACUUUCUGAAAUAAAUGUUUUUGUCAAAUGAAAACAUUUUUGAAUCUAAAUCUGCCAGGGGUAUGAAUAAUUCUGGGCUUAUCUAGGGCAACAAAAGCAAACAUCACAUUUAUCUUAUUUGGUUACAAAUAGUUGAGGUUUUUCUUAUGUUCUGUUAAACUUGACUUUUAUUUGUAGAACAGCUGUGCUCCAGUUUUCUGUUACUGUUUCUUUUUAUCAUCAAAAUAAGAAAACAGAGGAUGAUGUCGGUCUUCUACAGUAGGUUUUGAUUUUUGUGUCAUAAAGUGUCAUCUUAUACAGCCCAUCAAAUACAGAGAAGAAUCAUACACAAGUGCAAGGCCCUGUGAUCCAACACGCUGAUUGUUACUGGGAAGUGUUUGGAAUACAUGCAGCCAAAAGUCUUUCUCGUUUUCAAGAUUUACAUCAGAAAUGGUGAUGCCCUCUCUGUUUUGGACAUAUCAUCCCUUCGAAACCUGCCACCACUGGGCUUUUCAAAACAAUCCCCACACGUGAGGUUUACUGGAACCAUGAUCAGUUCUGUAAACACUUUAAUGUGCCAUUUACUGCCUCAAGGAUAAAUGUUAGUUGACCGAAUGAAAUUUUCUAGAGGAAAUCAACCCUGAGAGGCAGUUUACCAUUUGUACCAACUAUUCUGUAAAAUAAAAAUAUAGGGCUUAUUUGCACAUCAGUGCAUUAAACAUCCUUUCAGACAACACGAUAGGAAAAUAACAGGAAUUGCGGCAGCUACACUGUUGAAGUGGAACUGUAUUUUUUAAACCUGCUGGUCAUAGGUUGUAUGAAAAAGGGGAUGUCUCACCUCAAAAAGCUCUGUCAGUAUUUGAUUUUGUGUAAAUACAUUAUCUCUGGGCAGGAUCUCAUUUCAGUAUUUUGUUUUUCUCUGUUUGAUUUCCAGGCUAUGCCUCCUGACUUAUAAAUUUGGUCUCACAGAAUACCAUUAUAUGUCUCUUAUAAUAGAAAUAAAUAAAAUGCAAAAUAUGA